GAGCGAUGUCUUAUUAUUAGAGUAUGCUCUAACUCCCCAUUUCAUUGCAAAAACAUGACAAUUCUCAACAUUUUGUGUCUGUGUUUGUGUUUUCUCGCCAUCACUGUUCCACAGUUGAUGUCAACUUCCACAGACUCUGACACUUACAUUGUCCACAUGGACUUAACUGCCAUGCCCAAAGCUUUCUCCAGCCACCGCACCUGGUACUCGACCACACUUUCCUCCGUUUCUAACAGCAACAAGGCCACCACUACUUCUAAUCUUGUCUAUGCCUACACCACUGCCAUCAAUGGUUUUAGUGCAGUUCUUUCAUCUAGUGAACUCGACGCCAUCAAGAAUUCGGCGGGGUAUGUCUCUUCAAUUAGAGACACGACGGUUAAAGUCGACACGACUCAGUCGUACCGAUUCCUCGGCCUAAAUUCUGACAAUGGGGCAUGGCCAGCUUCUGAUUACGGUAAGGACGUUAUCGUUGGUGUGGUGGACACGGGAGUUUGGCCCGAGAGCAGAAGCUUCAACGAUGAUGGAAUGACCGAAAUUCCAGCACGAUGGAGAGGGGAGUGUGAGAGUGGCACCCAAUUCAACACCUCUUUGUGCAACAAGAAGCUCAUCGGAGCACGUUAUUUCAACAAAGGGCUACUUGCCAAGAAUCCUAACUUGACUAUUUCCAUGAACUCUGCCCGUGACACAGAUGGACACGGAACUCACACGUCCUCCACUGCUGCCGGGAGCUAUGUUGAGGGUGCAUCAUUUUUUGGCUACGCCUCAGGGACUGCUAGAGGAAUGGCUCCAAAUGCUCGUGUCGCAAUGUAUAAGGCGUUGUGGGACGAAGGGGCUUAUCUGUCUGAUGUUCUUGCUGCUAUAGAUCAGGCAAUCCUAGACGGCGUUGAUGUCUUAUCCUUAUCAUUAGGCAUUGAUGGCCUUGCUUUGUAUGCUGAUCCUAUUGCUGUAGCAGCAUUUGCAGCCAUGGAGAAGGGCAUUUUUGUCUCCACUUCGUCGGGGAACGAGGGGCCAUUCCUUGAGACGUUGCACAACGGGACGCCUUGGGUUCUUAAUGUUGCUGCUGGUACAAUUGACAGGGAAUUUCAAGGGACUUUAUCUCUGGGCAAUGGAGCUUCAGCCACAGGCUUGUCCCUCUACCCUGGAAACUCCUCUUCAUCCGAAUUCCCAAUAGUUUAUGUUGGCGCCUGCGAAAAUGAGGACUCACUGAAGAAAGUGGGACACAAAAUCGUCGUCUGCCUGGACUCGAAUGACACAUUGAGUGAACAACUUUAUUAUGUUCGCAAUGCCAACGUUCUUGGUGGUGUCUUCAUAUCAAACAACACAGACUUAACGUUCUACAUCCAAACUACAUUUCCAGCCAUAUUUUUCACACUCGAGGAAGGCCAGAAAAUUCAAGACUACAUCAAAAGCGACUCCAAGCCUAAAGCCAGCUUUAAGUUCCAAGAAACAGGCCUUGCCACAAAGCCAGCCCCAAAAUUGGCAAGCUACAGCUCAAGAGGACCAUCACAGAGCUGUCCGUUCGUCCUAAAGCCCGACAUUACGGCUCCUGGGGACCUAAUUCUUGCUUCUUGGCCUUCAAACUCUCCUGUAACGGAUAUCAGUUCAGGACAACUUUACAACAACUUCAACCUUGUAUCAGGAACAUCAAUGUCGUGCCCACACGCUGCUGGCGUGGCUGCCCUCCUGAAAGGGGCACACCCUGAUUGGAGUCCAGCAGCCAUCCGAUCAGCCAUGAUGACCACCGCCAAUGUGUUGGACAACACGAAGAGUCCCAUUAAAGAUAGCGGAUCAAAUAACAAACCAGCCACUCCUCUAGCCAUGGGAGCCGGCCAUAUUGAUCCAAACAAGGCAUUAGACCCCGGACUUAUCUAUGAUGCAAGUUCAGAAGAUUACAUCAAUCUCCUAUGUGCAUUGAACUUCACUGCAAAACAGAUACAGACAAUCACCAGGUCAACUUCUUACGACUGCAAGAAUCCAUCACUCGACCUGAACUACCCCUCCUUCAUCGCUUACUUCAACACAAACGACACCAAUUCCACCAGCACGACAGUGAAAGAAUUUCAGAGAACUGUCACUAACAUCGGAGAUGAAAAUUCAAUUUACAUCGCGAAGUUGACAGCAUUGGAUGGACUGAAAGUUAGUGUUUCGCCCGGCAGGUUGGAGUUCAGCAAGAAAUACGAGAAGAAAAGCUACAAACUGCGAAUUGAAGGUCCAGGACUUAUGAGAGAUGGGCUGAUUCAUGGUUCCUUGACCUGGAUUGAUUCCAGUGGAAAAUACAGCGUGAGAAGUCCCAUAGUUGCUACAAAUUUAAUUCCCUGAAACAUUUCCAGGCACUGAUACCUUGACUGAUUAACUUGUUUAUCUUCAUAUGUGAUUAAUAAAUUGUUUAGUAAUUUGAUUUUCUUUAAUUUCUUGGACAUUGUACGUAGUUUGUCUGAAUAUCUGAAUUUCUUGAAUUUCAGUGAUUGUCAGUGUUCGUUCAUAUGA